AUGGUGUGGGCUGAGGAGCUUCCGGAGGAUGAUUCUGUGGGCAUCCCGCUGGGCCCAUCGGCAGCCCACUUCGAGGAAGGGGAGGCGAACUACUGCUACCUGAUCUUGUUCAACCUGAACAAGCGCAACAACCUGGGCGCCAUCCUCCGCUCCGCCGCCGCCUUCGGCGUGCGGCUGGUGGUCUUGGUGGGCCGCCAGGGCUUCAAGGCCUUCUGCAAGAAGAGCGGCCAGGGCGCGGUGCCCAUUGAGAACGCGGCCACGGUGCAGCAGGCUGUGGAGGUUUUGAAGGCUCGGCACCCCUCGGGCAGGCUGCGAAUCUGCGGAGUGGAGAUCAUGCCGCAGGCGCAAUCCUUGCACUCGAGCCCCUUCUCCGGGCCCACAGCCUUCAUGCUGGGGAACGAGCGCGGAGGCCUGUCUCGAGAGCAGAUUGACCACUGCGACAGCUUUGUCUACAUCCCUCAGUUUGGGGCCGGCGUUGGCUCCUUGAACGUGGCUUGCGCAUGCAGUGUGGUGCUGUACCAAUUCAGUGCCUGGGCCUGCGCUGGGCCGGGCCUCGGCUUCUUGGAGGACCCGCGGCCGGCUAUGAAGGCACCACACGGCGCGGGCUCCUUUGCGGUGCAGGGGCCGCGGCCGCUGCCGGCAUCGGUAGCAGGCCAUUCUUUGGUUGGGGAUUAG